GUCACGUGAGCGGGCUGCGGCGCCAGCUCCGCGCCGUCAUGGUGGCCCUGAUGUACGGCUCCCCCGGCGGCCGCCUGGCCCGGGCGCUGACGCGGGCGCUGGCGCUGGCCCUGGUGCUGGCCCUGCUGGUCGGGCUGUUCCUGAGCGGCCUCACGGGCGCGCUCCCGGCCCCAGGGGGCCGCGGGGUCCACUACGAGCCCGUGCCGCCCGCCUCCCGCAGCCGCUCGGUGCUCCUGGACGCCAAGACGGGCCAGCUCCGCCUGGUGGAGGGCCGCCACCCCGACGCCGUGGCCUGGGCCAACCUCACCAACGCCAUCCACGAGACCGGGUGGGCCUUCCUGGAGCUGCGCACCUCUGGCAACUACAAUGACAGCCUGCAGGCCUACGCGGCGGGCGUGGUGGAGGCCGCCGUGUCCGAGCAGCUCAUCUACAUGCACUGGAUGAACACGGUGGUAAACUACUGCGGCCCCUUCGAGUAUGAAGUCGGCUACUGCGAGAGGCUCAAGGGCUUCCUGGACGCCAACCUGGAGUGGAUGCAGGAGGAGAUGGAGUCCAACAAGGACUCUGCCUACUGGCACCAGGUGCGGCUGACCCUCCUGCAGCUGAAAGGCCUAGAGGACAGCUAUGAAGGCAGUGUGGCCUUUCCCACUGGGAGGUUCACCAUCAAACCCUUGGGGUUCCUCCUGCUGCAGAUCUCCGGGGACCUGGGGGACUUGGAGCCAGCCCUGAACAAGACCGAGGCCAGGCGCACUCUGGGCGCGGGCGCCUGCUCCGCCCUCGUCAAGCUGCUGCCCGGCCACAGGGACCUCCUUGUUGCCCACAACACCUGGAACUCCUACCAGAGCAUGCUGCGCGUCAUCAAGAAGUACUGGUUCCAGUUCCACGAAGGCCCCCAAGAGGACGCCCCGCCGGCUCCUGGCAACAGGCUGGUCUUCUCGUCCUACCCCGGCACCAUCUUCUCCUGUGACGACUUCUACAUCCUGGCCAGCGGGCUGGUGACCCUGGAGACCACCAUCGGCAACAGGAACCCGGCCCUGUGGAAGUACGUGCAGCCCAAGCACUGCGUGCUGGAGUGGGUGCGCAAUAUUGUGGCCAACCGCCUGGCUGUGGAUGGGGCUUCCUGGGCAGACACCUUCAAGAGGUUCAACAGUGGCACCUACAACAACCAGUGGAUGAUUGUGGACUACAAGGCGUUCGUCCCCGGUGGGCCCAGCCCUGGGAGCAGGGUGCUCACCAUCCUGGAGCAGCUCCCGGGUAUGGUGGUGGUGGCUGACAAGACCUCGGAACUCUACCAGAAGACCUACUGGGCCAGCUACAACAUACCGUCCUUUGAGACUGUGUUCAACACCAGUGGGCUGCAGGCCCUGGUGGCCCAGUAUGGGGACUGGUUCUCCUACAAUGGGAGCCCCCGGGCCCAGAUCUUCCGGCGGAACCAGUCGCUGGUGCAUGACCUGGACUCCAUGAUCCAGCUUAUGAGGUACAAUGACUUCCUGCACGACCCCCUGUCCCUGUGCAAAGAGUGCAGCCCCCAGCCCAACGGAGAGAAUGCCAUCUCAGCCCGCUCCGACCUCAACCCGGCCAACGGCUCCUACCCCUUCCCGGCCCUGCGCCAGCGCUCCCACGGGGGCAUCGAUGUGAAGGUGACCAGCAUGGCGCUGGCCAAGGCCUUCCGCUUUCUGGCGGCCAGUGGCCCCACGUGGGACCAGGUGCCCCCGUUCCAGUGGAGCGCCUCGCCCUUCAGUGGACUGCUGCACAUGGGCCAGCCCGACCUCUGGAAGUUCUUGCCCAUUGAGGUCUGGUGGGACUGAGGCUGCGUCUGCUCUGCUGCCCCUGCCCACCCCGCAGGGCCGCCCGCAUCGGCUGCGCCCUGACCUCCUCCCGCCCCUCCGUGGGCUCCGCCCCACUGUGCCCAGAUCUGGGACCUGGGCCUGCCAGGUUCACUGUCUCUGGGCCAUCUCCUGGGGGGCGUGGAUCCCGGUGGGCCCAGGACUGACUCUCUCGCCCGCUACGUGGGUGAGCGCCACCCCUCGCCUCCCUCUGCCUCUCUUUCUCUGUGUUUCUGUCUCUUCUACCCUGGGGCCUCUUCCUCAUGCGGCCCCCUCCUGAGGGCUUGGGAGGGGUCCUGGAUCAGGUUAUGGGACCCCCAGUAGGGCAGGAGGGGCCUGUUCUGGUCCCUACUUCCAGCGUCAUUCCUGCCUAUCACUCUGGAGCGUGUGGGGUCUUUGCCCCCGAGAUCUGGGCAUUGCCAGCGGUUGGCGUCGCUCCUCCCAUCCCCAGCCCCACUGCUCCCUCGGGAAACAGCCCCCUUGUUUCUCCUGGGCAGCUUCCUUGGGACAGAAACUUGAAAACAAACAAAAACCAAAGUUUCUGGUGACUUGUGGCUAGAGGGGCCCGAGUGUCCUCUCUCCCAGGGUGGGCAGGGGUGACAGCCGCCGUGCUGCAGCCUUGUGCCCCUGCCCCUACCCAGGGCCUGCCCCUGGCCUCAGGCAGGGUCCCCAGCUUCCCUGAUGUAGGAACCAGAUUGCAGGCUGUGCCACCAUUAAACAAGAGAGCCUGUG